AUGCCUCUCGUAAAGCUUCAAGACGGAAAGUCGGACUGGAGCGACAUCAAAGACGUGGCAUACUUCCUCUGGAAAUCUUCCGAGCAGGCAUCUCUUCAAGAAGCGGAGAUUCAAAUGCGUCGCGACACGUGUGACCCAAAUCUCAAUGUUCUUGCAUUUCAUACCGGUGUUAAUGUAGCUCGAAAAGCGGUGCUAGUUGUGCAUGGUUCCAAAGUUAUUAUUGCAUUCAGCGGUGGCAGCGAUGAUGAAAUUGAGAAGAAUCUAUGGACGAUGAGUAAAGGUGGGAAUUGGUAUGAUAUUCCGUUUGUUGUCCGUGUGGAUGGGGAUGAGGUGCAUAGUUUUUACCUGGAGAUGUGGAAUGGUAUGAAAGAGGAACUGCUGCGUCAAUUGGAGAUGAAUUUAAGGAGGAUGGUGGAGAGAGAGGUCGUACCGACACAUGUUAUUGUGACUGGAUUCUCGAUGGGAGGAGGUGUGAGCAUUCUAGCGUUCCGCGAAAUCCUCAACCACAUCCGUCACCAGUUCGGCUCCGAAACCCCCUCUCGUCACCACUGGGCCAGUGAAGACAAUCUCAAAAACCUACUUGCACACUACACAUUUGCCGCCAUGGCCGCCGGCGACAUGAAUUUCCACACCAAACUCAACUCGCUCUACGAUAAACACCAGAUCCGUGCGUGGGAUUUCAUGCAUCACCUUGACAAAACUCGGAGUUUCCAUGGCAUAGCAUUUCGAUCGUGGCGAGGCCAUCGGUAUAUCCUGCCAGACGCUACAGUUGGAGAAUUCCGAGCGGAGUUUGGGGAGCAUGGACAUUCGAUGUUAGGAUAUCUGAAAGCUGCCGAGUGGAUGUUGGAGAAUGGAACUGAUCAGGCUCAUCCAGAAUAUUCGUAUUAG